UCUUUCUCCCUUACUCUUCCCCAGUCGUUCACAAUCGUCCUUUUUUAUCGCCAAUUUUCUUUAUGUCACGCCGUCGUCUGGUCUUCGCUGUCGCUGCUACCUUCGCACGUCCCAAUUUACCGCCCAGCCGCGCGUUUACUGCGUUUGGCGCCCUUUGGACUCCUUCGUGAAUUAAUUAUACAUUCAGUUGAGGCUUUUGAGGCUCACUGAGGCUCGUUGUUUGAGUCUCUUUUUUUGAUUGUUUUUUUCUUUUCUCAACUUGUCUUGAGUGAUCCCCCUACAGGGAUCCCCCACGAUUCUGGAAUCCUGGCUUCAUUCUAACAUUCCGGGUUCGUGGAUGAACACACCUGUUCUUUCUUCAAUAUAAAACCAAGAAAAUAAGAACGGCAAAAUUAAGGGGGGAAAAGAAAGACCAAGCCAAUGGUCUCUAUGGUCGAGGCCUCUAAUUCCACGCUGAACAAUAAUGAUCCAGCCAUGGAGUCCGUGGCCACCAAGUCAGAGCCCAUCCUGGAGGGUUCGGUCAGUCCGUCCGUCUCGACACCUGAGGUAGAGGUAGAGGCCUUGACACAGGAUGUUGCCCAGACGCAGAAGCGAAAGGGAGGCCGCAAACCUAUCUAUGCAACCUCCGAGGAGCGUAAGCAACGCAACCGACAGGCGCAGGCGGCUUUCCGUGAACGUCGCACUGAGUAUAUACGCCAACUCGAGUCUACCAUCAAGCGUAAUGAAGAUAGCUUGCAGACUCUCCAGCAGAAUCACCGCACUGCAGCCGAUGAGUGUCUUAUGCUGCGGUAUAAGAACUCCCUGCUGGAAAGGAUCUUGCUCGAGAAGGGCAUCGAUGUCCAGGCUGAGCUGCGGUUGAAGACAGGGACACCCGGCGGCCCCCCUCAGCCGAAACCUGUCAUGGCCCCCAAGCCGCCAACGACGCUUGAGCGGGCUGCGGUAAACCGGAACUCAGUCCAGAGGCAUCCCCAGGCUGGGAUCGCUCCCAAGUCGACAGAGCCUUUUGGUCUCUCACAGCAUCGCGACGGUGCAUACGGCAUGCCAUCGCCUCAGUUCCAGGCCACACCGCCAUCCCACGUUUCAUCGCCAUCGCACACCAAGUCGCCUGGUUUUGGCUUCCAGGGUGCCAUGUCUCCCGUCGGGAUGGACGCCCAGGUCCAGCAGCAACAGCAACAGGGACGACCCCAGUUGCUUCCGCAAUCGAGGAAUCUCAAUCAAGCGUCCCCUCCCAUGGGAAUGCAGCAAUCUGAGAACGACCCCAAGGCACUGCCGGGGUCACGGACUGCUCGAGUUCCGUCAGCUGCAUAUUAUCCCUCGCCAUUCCAGAAACAUUAUGACCAACUAGAACAAGAAUACGAUGCCCAAGCAGAUCUCGUCGACGAGGAUCAAGACUCGGUAGAUCCGUCGUCAUACGUGCCUGGGUUCAAUGCUUCGUCCGGUGCACCUGGAUCUCACGCUGUUGGAUCCCAUGCCCUCUCAACUUUCACACCACAGUCCGAAACCUCCAACGGUGCAUAUGGGAAUGCCAACCAGAUGUUGGGGAAUUACGAACCGAUGCUGGACACAGACCCGUUUGGGUUGAGUGCGAGUAUGCACUUCCAGACACCUUUUAGCUACGAACAAACCCACGCCCGUCACUAAAAGCUAGCUUUCUUUCUUUUCCUAUGUUGUUACAACUUCUUGUCAUGUAUUCCAUCUUCAUCAAAAAGUUCUCUUCCGACUUGGAAUCGGAAGAGCUUAAAUGUUUGUCUUUAUUUAGCAUUACCCCGGCGUUUGAGAGGAUA